AUGAGAACUGAAACAGUGAUGCAGCCAGCUCGUGAUACCUGGCAGCCUCCUCCGCAGUCCGUUUUCAAACUUAAUUUUGAUGCAGCAGUAUUUUCCUACCUCAAUAGUUCUGGUUUUGGUGCUGUUAUUUGCAAUGACAAAGGGGAGGUUAUGGCAGCCAUGGUAACCAAGGGUUCGGUAGUGCUGUGCAGUGAGGAAGCGGAACUUCUUGCAUGUAGGAAGGCGAUUGAGUUUGCGGUGGAUGCGGGAUUCUCAGAAUUUGUUAUUGAAGGAGAUAACAGCUCGGCCAUGUCAACUAUUUCGACGAUGCAGCUUGAUCAGUCACUGAUGGGGAAUGUGAUUAGGGACAUUCAACAUUUGAUUCGGAAUUUGCAUUGGGUAAGGAUUGAUUGUAUUAGGAGAGGGGGGAACUGGGUUGCUUAUGUAUUAGCUCAAUUUGCUAGAAAUAUUUCUGAGGAUAGGUAUUGGAUGGAAGAUGUUCCUCCAAUACCUAGAGAAGCUGUGUACCGAGAUGCUAAUUUUGUUAAUUAA